GAGAAGAAGAAGCAGUUAUACGCUAAACUCCGCACCAUUGGGAAUAUUGUUCAUAACUCUGUUCCAGUGAGAAACAAUGAGGACAACAACGAACUCGUCAGGAGCUGGGCUGCAGAUGGAGUAAUGUUGAAAAGUGCAGUUGUCUCUCCCACCACGAUGUGCUUACCCGGUUAGACGGAUAUGAGGCAGAGCGCGGUGUCAAGGUAGUCGGACACCGUGGCUGCUUUCUCAAGCGGUGGGGUGUGUUUCUAAACCACGCAUUGAUUAAUUAUGGAUUGGCGUAUUUGGCGUCAAAGAAAUACACCCCACUUGAGACGCCCCAGUUUAUGCCGAAGAAUAUGAUGGCCAAGACUUCUCAUCUAGAGCAGUUUGAUGACGAGUUGUAUAGGGUGAUUUCAUAUGGAGAGGAGAAGAACGACAAAUAUUUGAUUGCUACCUCCGAACAGCCCAUCUCCGGUCUUCAUGCGGAUGAAUGGCUGCAGCAGAAGGGGCUGCCUAUUAGGUACGCAAGUUUUAGUUCAUGCUACAGUCGAGAGGCGGGGGCCCACGGAAAGGAUGCUUGGGGUAUUUUCAGAGUUCACCAGUUCGAGAAGUUGGAGCAAUUUGUCAUCACACAUCCUGAGAAGUCUUGGGAAGCGUUCGACGAAAUAAUCAACUAUUCCGAGGAAUUCUACAAGUCGCUCAACAUCCCUUACCGUGAUGUCGCUAUUGUGUCUGGUGCGCUCAACAACGCCGCGGCAAAAAUAUAUGAUGUCGAGGCUUGGUUCCCUUUCAAGGGAGAGCACAAGGAACUCAAGAGUCCCAUCACAACCAAUUAUCAGCCUCGUAACCCGGAGAUGAGAUACAGGACAAACUCCCAGUCGGACACGGUCAAGGAAUACGUUCACUGCCUUAACUCCACCCUCUGUGUGACGCAGUGUUCUCUCUGUUGCUUAUUGGAGAACUACCAGACCACUGAGUGUAUCAACGUCCCUGAACCCCUCAGGAAGUAUAUUCCAUAGGCCUCAGAGCUUUUCCCCUUCAGCAAAGAGUCUUUGACCAAUAACACCUCGAUGGGAAGGGGUAACCCAAAGGCAUAGACGCAUAGACAGGGC